AUGAUUCCUAUCAAUUCCCUUUUGAACCACGAGAUCGAGCCCGAACGGUCUUACCGUGUCUCUGCCUCGCAGAAGCGGCCGAGGAUGGCUAAAGAUGCCCCGGUCUUUCGCCCUGGUAAGAUCCAGGGCGAGUGUCGCUACCCUCCUCACGAGGACCGUGACGAGGAGCUAGAGAGAGCCCAUGAGCAGUUUAUGAUGAAGCCCAUGGGGUCCAUUGCCAAGUUCCCUCGUCAUAUUCCCUAUGCCAGUGACAAGAAGUCCUUCCAAGAGAAGACUGGCCGUGAUAGCUUUCACGUCUUUCAAUACACGUUCAAGGUCCCCAAUGAAGAGAAGGAGUGGCAUGUCAUGUGGGACUACAACAUCGGCAUUACAACCCCGGCCAAGAUGCUCAACGUCAACCCAGGUCUCCGCGAUAUCUGUCACAGCAUCACCGGCGGUGCACUCUCCGCUCAAGGCUAUUGGAUGCCAUUCGACGCCGCGAAAGCCCUAGCAGCAACUUUCUGCUGGAAAAUCCGCUAUGCCCUAACUCCGCUAUUUGGCAACGAAUUUCCAGCCAUGUGCAUCUCCCCGAACGACCGAAAGAACUACGGUCGCAUGGUCAUCCCACCAGAAAUUAUUCGGCGCGCCACAGAGACUGCGAUGUACUACCGCUCUCUGGAGGUGCGCAACAGCACCGUUCACCCGCUAACGCCCCCAAACCGCCAUCUUCCUUCCAUGACCCAUCACCUCCUCCAUGGUCCGGAGAGAUUGACCAGAACUCUUGAGACAGAUGGUGAUGGUGCUCUCAAUCUGCGUCUUCCGCCGCCUAAGAUUCCUCACCACAAUGCGGACAGUGUUGCUAGUGUUGCUAGUGUUGCUGGUGUUAGAAGUGCGAGGGACUCAUCUAUGGAGCCAUUCUGCAUGUCGCUUAAGAGCAUGUCGCCUUCGAGUUUCACACCUAUCAAUCAUCCACGCACACAUGCCGAUCCUCACUUGCAACCUAAGACUAUUAUCGCUACCAUUUGCAAGGCGAUGCGCCCUGAUCAUGCCGCCGAGGGUAUCAGCGAGGACAGUGAUACGGACAGUGUUGGAUCAUCGAACGUGUAUUCCACACCAAACUGCUCCUCGAUGGAUGGGAUCAUGGACAUCGAAAAGCCCGGAGUUAUCGAUGGUAUACCCUCAGACAUGGACACCAGACCGAGCGACUCUGAUGAUCUCACCUGCUCGGACGAAGAGUGGGCUGAGGAUGACGCCAAUGAUGAAGACUACCGAGGGUCAGCCGUCAAGAGAGAGGGUGUUGCAUCCCACAGCACCAAGUCUGCGUCUCGCAGUUCAAGACCGAAGAAGAACCCGAGCCGUAAGACUCGAGCUCUACGUCCUCGGUCGUCGCCCCACUUCGCCCACGAGGUCAAGGCUGCCGAGGCUCUGCUCCAUCUGCAUAAGAAUGAGUUGGAAGCUAGUGAGAUUGAUCUUGAGAUGGAGGAUCUCGGCUCGCCUUUUGGCUUCAUUUCUCGGAAUGGGGCCCAUAACCAUCGUAAGCGGCGUCGUGCCUCCUAUUGA